UUCAUUGUUGUCAUUUUGGCGGUUUUUUUUUUUUUUUUUUUUUUUUUUGUUUUCCUAUUCUUCUCUGCUGAACUUUGCGAAAUACGGUGAAUGGUGGUGUGGUGUGGUGUGUUGUCGCAAAAGUUGCAACUUUUUGGGAAUUAAUUCCUGGACUGGGCAAGGUUCCAGAAGCGCGACGGUUCAGGGGGUCGCGGCGGGCGGCGGCGGUCAGUUAAAGUCGGGGCGGAAGUAUCGGCCAUUUAACUGGGUGGGUAUGGCUGAUUGGCCAAUUCUCGAUAAGCCACAAGGCAACUCCAUAAUUCCUUAUCUGCGUCGCGACACGGGGAUGGAUUGGUGACGCCGUCAACAGCCAGCACUUACAGACAUGAGUAUAGCUUCAACCAUCCCUCCAGUUUACAGCCACAAUGUUUUCCCUACGAGCUUUCCUCCGCCACCAACCAUGCCACCUCCUCACCCGUUGCCAUCCCCUCCCACCAACAACAACAGCAGUAGCAAUACCCGCACACUUCCACACCACCCCCCCCAACCAAAACAAGAAAACCAUAUCCCGCAAACAGAUGCCUUCAAGACCUAAACCACCCCCCGAAUCCGAAAUCGAAGAGUCCUUCCUUAAGGGGUCAGGCCCGGGUGGUCAGAAAAUCAACAAAACCAACUCGGCCGUCCAGAUAAAACACCUCCCAACUAACAUCGUAAUCAAGUGCCAAGCCACCCGCUCCCGCUCCCAAAACCGCAAGAUAGCCCGCGACAUCCUCGCCGAGCGCCUCGACGAGCUCUACAACGGUUCCCAGUCCCGGGUCGCCAUCGUGGGCAGCGUCAAGAAGAAAAGGGCCGAUAGUGCCGCAAAAAAAUCCCGAAGAAAACACAGGAAACUGGCUGAGGAAAAGGCCAGGGCUGCCGGGUUGACUUUGCCAGAGACAAAAGAGGUUCAAGAGGGAGAGGAAGUGGACGAGGAGGAGUUCGAGUGGGAGGUUGUAGAUGAGGAAUAUCACGACGAGUCCAACGAAAUAGAGACACCUGGCACCAAGUCGGAGACGGUAAAAGUCCACAGCAACGGUCAUGAUCUAAAAGAACCACCUGUGGACAGACAAGCAGUCAUACAAAAUAAACAAGACAAUCCAUACUCAAGGGCAAGCCAACCAUAAUCAACUUGUUUUAUCGUCUUCUUACACAGAC